UCUCAAGUGUGUGUGUGUGAUUCAUCCAUCAUUUUGUGUGUCACAAAGUCCAUCAACAUCAAGAUCAUUAGGGGAGUGAGUGAAAGUGUUUGUCAUUUUUUCACAACAUCCCUAACUGUGGAGCUACCUCUGGAUUCAUGUACCACGUGGAUCGGAAUUGCUUUAUGUGCUGUGUUUGAAGUUCAGGCGCAUCUUUCUGAAUUUCUUGGUUUUCAAAUUGGCUGUUCCCUACUGCCUCUUGAAUUAUUUUCAAAAGGUUUUAAAAUAGGCGAUGUUGUGUCAGAUCACCUUUGGGUGAUUUUUGUAUCUCGUGAACAACUUGAGAAGAUACGGGGUCAGGUUUGCUUCACAACUUAUUAUCUUCAUCAAGACAGAAGGUGGGAAUACAAAAAAACUGGCGCGAGUGUGAAGAAGUGUGGGUUUCGUUUGGUGCACGAGCAAGAUGUGGAACAACUCAACCAGAUGAUGAUGAACAAAUCCAUCAUCAAGAGCACUACUACUUGUCCUACCAAAUCAGCUGAUGCACAAUAGGUCAACAACGCCACGAUGACGAGGACGCUGGUCCCAGUGGAAGUGGUAGCUCUCACCAAAAAUCUCUCUUCUGCAAUACCUAUGCUCUUUCCAAAGGGUUUUUAACAAAACUUGUAAAGAUUUUCUCCCUCUUUUUAACAACUGCAGUUUUUAUGAAAUCUUUCAACAAUACCAAAAAAUGGGGGUGCAUGGGACUUUUGAUUUGGAGAGUAACCACUUUGAUUUUUUACUUAGGCCUUGCACCCUCAUAUUUUGAGUUAUUAUUGCAAGGUUUAAUAAAAACUGUCAUUCUUAAAAGAGGAGCUAAAUUUUUGCUAGCUUUGUUAAAAACUCCUCCUCCUCAAAUGUCUCCACAUAAAUACUUGAAAGGCCAAAAACGCUAUUCUCACAAUUGAUAGUAAUCAUGAUGAACAAAUCCAUCAUCAAGAGCACUACUACUUGUCCUACCAAAUCAGCUGACGCACAAGGUCAACAACACCACGAUGACGAGGAGGCUAGUCCUAGUGGAAGUGGUAGCUCUCACCAAAAAUCUCUCUUCUGCAAUACCUAUGCUCUUUUGCUGGUUCUCCCACUGUUUUUUUUAUUUGACUCUAUAUUCCUUGUUUUGUUUUAGGAGCAAAUCUGAAUUUCUCUCAACUGCAGCAGCAGAUUGCCAAAUGGCAUUGAGCACCCAAAGAGACUCUGCCUUUCUUCCUUCACCUAAUCAGUCUGCUCCUCAACCGAACCACGAUGUGUUUUUGAGUUUCAGGGGUGAGGACACUCGAAAUAGCUUUGUAUCCCAUUUAUACCACGAAUUGCAGCUCAGGGGCAUUAAAACAUUCAAGGACGAUCCUAAGCUCGAAAGAGGGACACAUAUUCGUUCAGGGCUCUUCAACGCAAUCCAAGAAUCGAGGCUUGCAAUCGUUGUUCUCUCUCCAAGCUAUGCUUCUUCUACCUGGUGCUUGGAUGAACUUACAAAGAUUCUCCAAUGCAUGAAAUCCAAGGGCACAAUUCUGCCAGUAUUUUAUAAUGUGGAUCCCUCCCAUGUGAGAAAACAAAGCGGCAGUUUUGCGGACGCCUUCGCUGAGCAUGAGAAAGACAUCGAUAAGGUGAAGCGCUGGAGAGAUGCUUUAACAGAAGUAGCCAAUUUAUCUGGGAUAGAUUCAAAGAAUGAGUGUGAAAGAAAGCUUAUUGAAAAGACUGUUGAAUGGGUGUGGAGUAAAAUGCAUCGCACAUUCAAAUUGCUGGAUUCCACAGAGUUGGUGGGAAUUAAGUUUACACUUGAGCAAAUAGAUUUGCUUUUAGCUCCUACGGAUGAUGUUCGCUUUAUAGGGAUAUGGGGGAUGGGCGGCAUUGGCAAGACGACCAUUGCUAAGCUAGUUUAUGAGAGCAUUUCUAUUAAUUUUGAAGUUAGCUGCUUCCUUGCUAAUGUCAGAGAGGUUUCUAAACAUGGGAAUCUUGUUAAUCUACAAAGACAGCUUCUUUUCCCGAUCUUGAAGGAACAAAUUACUCAAGUUUGGGAUGAACAGUGGGGGACCUAUUACAUUAAGAAUUGCUUAUGUAAUAAAAAGGUUCUUCUUAUUGUUGAUGAUGUGAAUGAAUCAAGCCAACUAGAAAAAAUUGCUGGAAAAAAGGAUUGGUUUGGUAAGGGGAGUAUAAUCAUAAUUACAACUAGAGACGAACGGUUGCUAGUUAAGCAUGAUAUGCAGGUAUCAUAUAAGGUAGAGGGAUUAGGUGAUGAUGAUGCUCUUGAGCUCUUUAGUCUAAAUGCCUUUAAACAAAAAGAGCCUGAGGAGGGUUUCUUGGAAUUGUCCAAGGGUUUUGUAAAUUAUGCCAGAGGCCUUCCACUAGCUCUUAAACUUUUGGGAUGCUUAGUGUAUAAGAGAGAUCAAGAUGAAUGGAAAAGUGUAUUGGAUAAGCUGCGGAAAAUUCCUAAGUCAGAAAUUAUUGAUUUGCUCAAAAUAAGUUAUGAUGGACUAGAUGAGAUGAACAAGGAUAUACUUCUUGAUGUUGCAUUUUUCUAUAAGGGGGAGGACAAGGAGGAAGUAAUUGAAAUACUAGACAGUUGUGGCCUAUGUGGUUGUGUUGGGAUAAAUGAUCUCGUUCAGAAAUCACUCUUAACUAUAUCAAAUAAGAAUGUUCAGAUGCAUGAUUUGAUACAAGAAAUGGCAUUGGAAAUUGUUCGUCGAGAGUGUCCUGAAGAGCCUGGUAGACGAAGUCGGUUGUGCAAUCAUGAUGAUAUCUCUCGUGUAUUCAUAAACAAUACGGCAACGGACAAAAUUAAAGGCAUCAGAUUACGCAUGGCGACACUUGAAAAGGAAAAUUGGAAUUGUGAAGCCUUCUCUAAGAUGCUUAACCUGAAAUUUCUUGAAUUUGACAAUGUGAUCAUUUCUUCAAGCCCCAGAAUUCUUCCUAAUUCCUUGAGAAUUAUCAAAUGGGGUUGGUAUCCUUCCGGGUUUCUCCCAUCAGGUUUUCAACCAAAAUUUCUUAUUGCACUUGAGAUGCCUAAUAGCAAACUUGUUCGGCUUUGGGAUGGAAGAAAGGACUUGCCCAACUUGAAAAAAAUGGACCUUGGUAACUCUAAAAAGUUGACCUCAACCCCGGAUUUCAGUGGCAUUCCGAAGCUUGAGGUGUUGGAUUUUGUAUUUUGUACGAAUUUGACAAAGAUUCACCCGUCAAUUGCAGAUCUCAAAUGUCUUAAAAUGUUGUAUUUUGAUUAUUGCUCAAAAUUGAAAAAGAUUCCAGAAUUUUCAGGGCAAAUGAAAAAUUUGUCAAUGCUUAGUUUACUUGGGAUAUCCAUUAAGAAAUUACCUUCAUCAAUUGGAUUUCUGGUUGGCCUUACUUCUCUGUAUCUAGAUGGUUGCAAGAAUCUCGCGGGUCUUCCGAGUGAAAUUUGUAAUUUGAAGUCUCUUGAAGUACUGGAUGCGUCUGGAUGCCCAGAAAUUGACAUACUCCCAGAGAACAUGGGGGAGAUGGAGUCUCUUAGCUGGCUUGAAUUGUAUGGAGGUUAUUUUAGACAUCUGCCACGCUCUACUGUUGGUUUGAAAUACAGGCAAGAUUUGGGUGGAAAGGGAUCACAGCCUAAUAAAUCAAGGUUUGGGUGGGGCCUUUCCGGUUUAUAUCAAAACAGAAAUGGUUUUGUGAUAAGUUCGUUAGAUGGUUUAUUUUCUUUGAAGUAUUUGGAUCUGAGUAAUCGUGGACUUUGUGAAGGGGAUCUUCCCAGUGAUAUUGGCUGCUUGACCUCUUUAGAAAAAUUAAACCUUAGUGGAAACAAUUUUGUUAGCCUUCCUGCAAGCAUUGGAUGUCUUUCUAAGCUUCAGUUCUUUUGGGUGAAUGGGUGCCAAAGGCUUCAACAAUUGCCAGAUCUUUCUAAGCUUAUCUCCUUAGAAGAAUUAGACCUUAGUGGAAACAAUUUUGUUAGCCUUCCUGCAAGCAUUGGAUGUCUUCCUAAGCUGAAAGUACUUAAGCUGAAUGGGUGCCAAAGUCUUGAAUGGGUGCCAGAUCUUUCUAAGCUUAUCUCAUUAGUGGAUAUAGACAUAGACGGUUGCACUUCCUUGAAAAUGUUACCACAUCUUUCGUCAAAGUACUCAUUGUCAUUAGUGGAUAACGAAGUACAUGUUCGUGUGUUUAAAAGCUUUGUUGGCAAUGAAAUCUGCGAUAGAAUAAUGCUGAAAAAGAUACAGCGAUACAUUGAGGUUCUCCUCUCUCUCUCUCUCUCUCUCUCUCUCUCUCUCUCUUUUGUUGUUUGCUAUAAUAAUAAUUUCUGAAUUUCUGAAUUUCAGAAAUUAUUAUUAUACAGCAAAUCUGAAUUUCUCUCAACUUGUAAAUAUUUUCUCGCUCUUUUUAAUAACUGCACUUUUUAUGAUAAUUUUCAACUACAGAGAGAGAGCGAGAGAGAAAUAAAGAAUGAGUGAAUAUAAAAAAGGGUGAAAUUAAAAUAAGAAAAAAAAGAAAAAAGUUUUGUUUGUGUGUAAUGAAUGAUUCUUUUCCUGAGAGAGAGACCCAGUCCUCUUAACAAAUUGGCUGUCUACAAAGAAAACUUGGUGCUUUCGAUCUGUGACACGGGUUGCUCCCCAUCCACUGUUAUCUCUAUCUCAUCCCCACAGAUCUGGCAAAAAGUUGAUGAGUCUUUCUCUUCACCAAAAAGACAACACAACAAAACACAGUUCACAGUACGCUGACGAGUGUCACGUCUGACUCGUGCAACGUGUGACCGAAAGACUGGUAAAAUAUCGCGAGAAAUUGAGCCUCAGCUGUUUAGAAAAGGUUAGCAAGUGAUGGCCAUCUAUUGCGUUGCUAUCUGCCCGCCUUCCUUGAAUUAUUUUUUUCUCAAUCCAGUUUUAGGUCGUUUCUGCCCGCCAAAAUAAUUGGAAGCGAAACCCUAGAAAAAGAAAUGAAAUUGGUGAGGUUACCUUCGGGUUUUGGGCUGUGAAUCUGCUGUGAUUCAAGAUCGAAGGAGUAGUUUUUGGUUUUUGGUUUCAGUGACGUUGAGAAGUUGAAUCAGAGAGAGUACAGUUGGUGGGUGAUUUCAGUUUACGCCAAUCUGGUCGAUCUUCUUCUCGGUUGGAUUGGAUUUGGACCCAAUUUUUAAUUUUUCGAAUGUUUAAUUUUAAAAAUGGUGGGGGGUGGAGCCCACGUGAGAUUAUUCGCCGGAGAGCAGAGCUCUAGCUCUUCCCAUAUCACGUGAUGGACGGUCGUGAUUGGAUUAGCGUGUAGAUUUUUGGGAGCUUGGCGUUCGGUUUCUGGCA